AUGGAGAAGGAGGGUAGGGUAUUGGGAGAGCGGUGCCGUGACUUUGGAGUUUUGCCAAUGGAGAGGGGUAAGGUUAUCGUACCAUAUUUCCUGGAUUUCGAGUUUUUUUUUGUCUUAUUGUUGUACCAUUCAUUUGGUAAUCUUCUUCAGAAACCUCGACGCUUAACCGGUUUAAGUGCCACUUUGUCGAGGCUUAAAGAGCCAGGUGCGGUUGGCGAUGAGGAAGAUUUGAGAAACAGAAUCGUUUUGGACAAAUUUGGCCAUAGAGUUGAAAAUAAAGAUGUAGAACUUCCAAAACCUCGCGCAUGGGCUUACCAUCCUGGCAUUAUUCGCCCUCCAGAGGAACGUGAGUCAAGCCCGCGUCCGAUUCGCUUACAGGAUGGGAUUUUAUUAAGUGAUCUUCCGCCUCCUCCUCCUCACCCCAGUGAUCCUGAAGAAAUCCGCAAAUUAAUCCGGAGCAAAAUGAUUCGCUGUAAGCGUUGUAAGAACCGUUUUAUUGAAAAAAAUAUUUAUGAAAGGCACUUACGCGAUAAACAUUUGGUGGAGUACAUUGCUUUUUUGAUCCAGCAAGAAGAGGAAAUAGCUGCGCAGAGGUUGGCUGAAUUGGAAGCAAAUCGAUUUGAAGAAGUAGCAUCUGGUGGUUUUAUACCUCCUGAAAAUGAGGUGGUUGCUCAAACCUUUGGGCUUGACCCGUCAAAUAUACCGCUUCCUGGUGAACUCAGUGGUGGUAUCCCAGCCCGAUUUGACAGUAGCGGGUAUCUUCGGCAACCUAAACGGUAUUAUAAAAAGAAGGUUUCACCGCAAUGUCCUUUCUGUGAUAAAAGGUAUCGCAACGAAGUAUCUCUGAAGAAACAUUUCGUUAAAAAACAUCCCGAAGCCGUUGAAUUCGUACAGUGUCUUAAAUGUUUUAAAGCAAUUAAGUCUUCUGAAGAACUCCCGAAACAUCAGUGUGAUUUAACUUUUAUUUGUUUUGAAUGCGUUCCCAUGCGAAAUCUAUGCACUGAGUCGAGGCUCCUGAAUCACAGGACGAAGUUUCAUCGAGGUGCUAAUUCUGGUUUUAAAUGCAAUCUUUGUUCAAUGAAAUGUCUUACUCCUAGAAAGCUUCGGAAGCAUAAGAAAAUGGCUCACGUCUUUACAAAGACUUACCAGUGUCAUUUUUGUGAUGAACUGUUUACGAGCGAAGUUUCUGUUACUUCACAUGAGCGAAUUCACACUGGGAUCAUCAAGUUUGAGUGUCGUAUAUGCGACUUCAAGUGUAACAGACAUGUAAGAAUGGAAGAACAUCAGAACGAAGAGCACGGGUAUAUAUGUUCGGUAUGUCACCAUAAAUGUGCUGAAUGGGGCUCUCUUAAAGACCACACUUUGCAAGAACACGGGGGAUAUUUGACUUCGGAGUCUAAUUCAGGUUUGGUACUUGUGUCUUUUAAAAUUUUUGUGCUAACUGUUACAUCGAUAGUCCGAGGGUAUGGGUGA